GAAUGUAGACGCACCGCCCGCGCGGGCUAACGUAGCGAAAAAAUACAAGCAACACGAAGCUUCCCGCGACUUCUUGUCUCAUCUCCUCAUUGAACAACGUCGCAGCAGCAACCCGCGAAAAUGGCAGGUAUACUGGACGUUCCAAAACCGAGAAUAAACUGCUCCAUGCUUUCGCAGUUCAUCAGCCGAGCCAUCUGCUUCGUCGGGCGUGUUGAAAAGGUUCAUCCCACUGGGAAAAUGUUCACUGUGAUGGAUGGAGAGGGAAAGACUGCAACAGUGGAACUAAACGAACCUCUUGAAGAGGAGCUGAGUGGAAUUGUGGAGGUUAUAGGAAUGGUGUCGAACAAAGGAGAAAUAAUGGCCAGCACAUACAACCUGCUGAGAGAGGACAAGGGGAUUCCCUUUGAUUUAGAGCUGUACAACGAAGCACUGAAGGUCAUCCAUGACUUCCCCCAGCACUACCCUUUCCAGGUGGCUGCAAGCGGAUGAAGAAGAGUAUGAGUAUGAGAAAAUAGUUUUUCUUUUUUGUCUUUGUGUUGGAAGAUGAUGAUUGUACAAAACCUUCUGCAGUAAAAUGUAUAUAAAUGCAACAAAUUG